UUUGUCUUCGUGCUCAUUCGUGUGUUUUGUGUUUAUGUUUUGCGGGAAAAAGCUGAAAAAAUGUUGGGAAUAAAAUCACUUGAAUUGAUAAAGGAUCUCAGUAGAAAUCCAGACAGUAUACCCACAUUCAAGGAUGAUACGAUUCGCGAAGUGCUGGUAGAGACACAAGAGAUUUUUAAUGCAAAUUCUCGCGAUGCGAGAAUUUGCUCAACAACAAAUAAUCAACAACUCCUGCCAAUUCUGAGCUUCCGUCAUGCAGCUCUAGAACGCAAUAAACGGUGUCUUUUGGCAUACUUGUACAAUCGCCUGGAGAGAAUCAGAAAUAUUCGAUGGGAGACUGGACCGACAAUCCCGGAACACGUAAAGGUGAGCCUGUGUGAACCUGAGAUUCAGUGGUUCAACAGCUAUAACAAACUCCUGGCCAAGUACAUGAAAUCCAUCGGAGAUGGUCAAGGAAUUGAUUUAACCUGCGACAUGGAGCCACCAAAAUCUCUCUUCAUUGAAGUACGCUGCCUUGAGGAUUAUGGAAAGUUUGAGCUGGAAGACGGUGAGGUUGUCUUCUUCAAGCGCAACAGUCAACACUACCUGCCACGCAUUCAAGUGGAACCUCUCAUUAAACAAGGAAUCCUCCAGCAAAUAAAUUAAAAUUGCAAUAAAGCGCGGGAUUAUU